CAAAAGUCACGAUGACAUAAGAAAAGAAUGAAAUGGUUGAAGCAAAUGACUGAUAGAUGAAUAUAAUUUUUAUCGUUAAGAAAAUAAAGUAUAAAACGACUUGUGAAUAAACUUUGUGUACCAAUUGCAGUUUUUGAUAUUUUAUAAAUAAAAUUAAUAUAGAUUUAGCAUAGUAAUUGUCAUGCCGCCAAAAAAACAACCAGAGAAAGGUGGUAAAAGUGCUGGAGGUAAUAAAACUAGCGGUGGUGGAAAAUCGAGUGGUGAUAGUAAAGAAGCCGGAGGAAAAGAAAAAAAAGGUGGGACAGCUGUCAAAGUUCGGCAUAUAUUGUGCGAGAAACAAUCAAAAUGUUUGGAAGCAUUGGAAAAAUUGAAAGCUGGACAAAAAUUUCCUGAUGUAGCGGCCGCAUACAGUGAAGAUAAAGCAAGGCAAGGGGGAGAUCUCGGUUGGAUGACCCGAGGUUCUAUGGUCGGGCCAUUUCAAGAUGCGGCUUUUGCUUUGCCCAUAUCUUCAGUCACGAAUCCUAUAUAUACCGAUCCGCCGAUUAAGACAAAGUUUGGCUACCACAUUAUAAUGGUUGAAGGCAAAAAAUGAACGAAAUGGUUUUAGAGUUUGAAUACUUCUGGGCGAUACUUUUGUUAUUUAUCAUGGAAAGAAUUUGUUGCUUGCAAGAACAAUUUGAUAAAGAUUUACUAAUUCUACCGGAUCCACAGAGGUCCAAUGUAUCAUUGAGUUCUAAUACUGAUAAUGUUGUUAAUACAGAGUAAGUUGGUUAUUCUUUCUGACUCCUAUAUUUUAAAUAUCUGGAUAAUUUAAAGAGUUCAAUGUUUUAUUUUUAUAUACUCACAUGAGACAUACAGGUUUCCCCACAAUGUCUAUCUUGUUUAGGGUCUACACAUUUGAGGUCCGAAUUUGUUCCAUUUAACUAUUGUUGCAGUUACGGUUUGAAGCUUAGUUUCCUGCGUUUGUACCGUUUGAUGCAUAUAACAUUGCUUCUAACACUUGCAAACUUUUGUAAUAUAUGCCUGUGGUACAUCAUGGCUAAGAAAAUGUCGUCCAGAAGACUCAAGUACAUGUUAAAUAUAAGUUCAUCUUAAAUAUAUAUUUUCUGAACUGUUUGUUUAAAAUAAAAUGCAUUUUUAA